CUCCGGAGGGAGGCAACAGGGGGUGGGGCCCGGCAGACCGAUGCAAGUCUCGGGCCUAGUCUCACGCUCUCGCGAGAUUAGGCCACUCCUUGAACAAGAUGGACUGAUAGCCAUCGAAAAUUUGGAGAGGGGAACAAAAAUGUCCUCUUCCAGUCGGUCUGUUCAUGUCCGCGUCCUGCCCGAGUUGGACGGACUACAGGACAGAGUCACGGGCUACUUCCAGAGCGGGAACUUCCCAAGGGAGUUACUUGGACCUGAACAGGCCUUUGCAGAAGAAACAGGCUUGGAGUCAGUGUAUGCAACGCCUCCCGAGUCUCCAACUUCCAAAUGUCUAUCUGUCGAAGCCUUCCAUUGGACCACUGACGAAAGGGAUUUAGCUGCUACCAUCCCUGAUACAGCCACCUCUGCUCCAUCAACCAUCACCAUCCAAGUUUCAGGCUUCAUGUCCUCCCCAAACGAGAAAAUGUUGAGGCUGUACUUUGAGAACAAGAAAAGGUCUGGGGGAGGAGACAUCCAGCAGAUGGAAGUCAGGGGCAAGAAAGUCUUCAUUGUCUUCAAGGAUCCCACAGAUGCCCGGCUUGUUCUCAGUCAUGAACAUCGUCUUGAUGAAACCACUCUCAAACUGAAGGAGGUCCAGUCCAGGUCACUGGACAACACUCAUCUUCUGGUCAAGGGACUCAAGGAAAGCAUAACUGAAGAUACCUUGAGACGUUACCUGGAACGUGUUGGCAUUGAUGAAGUGAUCACAGUAGAGUAUGGCAUCCGGUCUGCUGUUGCCCUUCUCACAGUCAACAAGAUUUCCAAUUUUGAGCAGAUAACAACCAAGGCAGAGUACACACCACUGGAGGGACAGCAAGUUAUCUUGGAGAGAGUCCCCGUCCCAGAUGGCAUCAUCGUAACAGACCUGCCAGACACUGUGUCCAGAGACCUGCUGGAGUUGUACUUUGACAGUGAGACAAGGAGCGGUGGAGGACCUAUCUCAGACAUCAAGAUGGACUCCUCCACUGGAACUGCUGUUGUCCAGUUUGAUGAUGCAAACACUGUAAACAGGGUUCAUCAGACAUCCCCACACAUUCUACACAACACACCAGUAAGUGUCAAACCUUACUACGAAGGCCUUGUUGAAGUGGUGGAUGACGAUGCUCCAGGAGCAUUCAAAAUGCCUCAACCCAUCAGCAUAAAGAUCAGGCCUAAGUUGAUUCCGUUUGCCUUUACCAUGCCAAAGUAUGUGGAGCAGCUGACAAAGAAGUUAGCAGAAGUUAAUGCAGAAGUAGAUAUGACAGUCACAGAUGAAGUAAAAAUCUCACCGACACUGACUCCCGAGAUGAAAGGUAUUCGGAAGUUAGCGAAGCACUGGGAAGACCAGAGUCAAAAUUGUGUGGAAAAGGUUUUCACACAGUUUCGGGCAACAAAGAUCCCUGUGGCAACUCAAAUCUGGCGACGCACCAAGGACAGAUUUGAAAAAGCGUUUGAAAAGGUGAGUAACUUUCCGUCAAAGGGGGAUGAUAUUUGGGUCCUGUGUUUUGAUGAUGACGAUUUAGGAGGAGGAGUGGUUACUCUGAUUGGAACAACAGAAGCUGUCUCCAGGGCAAAGCUCGUCUGCAACACUUUCAUCAGAGAGACAGAGAAUCUACUGGACUGGGAAGCCUCCAACAACAUCACCAUCCAAGUGUCAGGAUUCCUGUCAAGGCAGUGCCCAAAUGAAGAAAUGCUGAGGCUGUACUUUGAGAACAAGAAAAGGUCUGGGGGAGGAGACAUCCAGGAGAUCCAAGUCAGAGACAAGAAAGUCUUUAUUGUCUUCAAGAAUCCUACAGUUGCUUGGCAUGUUCUGCGUCGAGACCAUCGCCUUGAGGGAACCACUCUCAAACUGAAUGAGGUUCAGCACCCCAGAGCACUGGACAACACUCAUCUUCUGGUCAAGGGACUCAAGGAAAGCACAACCAAAGAGAUUCUUAGCCUUUACCUGGAAAACAUCAGCGAUGAUGAAGUGAUGACAGUAGACUACAGCACACAGCCUGGAGUUGCCCUGGUCACCCUCAACAAGAUUUCUUACUUUGAGAUGAUGGCAGCCAAGGCACAGUUCAGGCCACUGGAGGGACAGCACCUUACCUUGGAGAGAGUCCCCGUCCCAGAUGGCAUCAUCGUAACAGACCUGCCAGACACUGUGUCCAGAGAUCUGCUGGAGUUGUACUUUGACAGUGAGACAAGGAGUGGUGGAGGACCUAUCUCAGACAUCAAGAUGGACUCCUCCACUGGAACUGCUGUUGUCCAGUUUGACGAUGCAAACACUGUGAACAGGGUCCACCAGAAGUUCCCACACAUUCUACACAACACACCAGUAAGUGUCAAACCUUACUAUGAAUGCCUUGUUGAAGUGGUGGAUGACGAUGUUCCAGGAGCAUUCAACAUGCCUCAACCCAUCAACAUAAAGAUCAGGCCUGAGUUGAUUCCGUUUACCUUUGCCAUGCCAAAGUAUGUGGAGCAGCUGACAAAGAAGUUAGCAGAAGUUAAUGCAGAAGUAGAUAUGACAGUGACAGAUGUAGUAGCAAUCUCACCGACACUGACGCCCACCAUGAAAGGUAUUCGGAAGCUAGCAAGGUACUGGGAAGACAAGAGUCGAAGUCAUGUGGAACAGUUUUUCACACAGUUUCAGAUAAUGAAGGUCCCUGUGGCGAUUCUCAUAUGGCGACGCGCUAAGGACAGAUUUGAAAAAGUGUCGGAAAAUAUUGGUGAUGAUAUUUGGGUCCAGUGUUCUGAUGAUGACUAUUCAGGGGGAGGAGUAGUUACUCUCAUCGGAACAACAGAAGCUGUCUCCAGGGCAAAGCUUGUCUGCGACACUUUCAUCAGAGAGACACAGAAUCUGCUGGACUGGGAAGCCUCCAACAACAUCACCAUCCAAGUUUCAGGCUUCAUGUCCUCCCCAAACGAGGAAAUGUUGAGGCUGUACUUUGAGGACAAGAAAAGGUCUGGAGGAGGAGACAUCCAGAAUAUGGAAGUCAGUGACAAGACAAUCUUCAUUGUCUUCAAGGAUCCCACAGUUGCUUGGCAGGUUCUGCGUCGAGACCAUCGUCUUAACGAAACCAUUCUCAAACUGAAGGAGAUUUGGCCAGACUUCACUCAUCUUCUAGUCAAGGGAUUCAGGGAAGGCACAAGUGAAGAGGCCCUCCAACUUUACCUGGAACAUGUUGGCAUUGAUGAAGUAAUCACAGUAGAGUACGGUACACAGCCUGGAGUUGCCCUGGUCACAUGCAACAACAUUUCCAACUUUGAGGGGAUGGUAGCCAAGGCACAGUUCAGGCCAUUGGAGGGACAGCAAGUUAUCUUGGAGAGAGUCCCCGUCCCAGAUGGCAUCAUCGUAACAGACCUGCCAGACACUGUGUCCAGAGACCUGCUGGAGUUGUACUUUGACAGUGAGACAAGGAGCGGUGGAGGACCUAUCUCAGACAUCAAGAUGGACUCCUCCACUGGAACUGCUGUUGUCCAGUUUGAUGCUACAAAAACUGUAAACAGGGUUCAUCAGAAGUCAUCACACAUUCUACACAACACAUCAGUAAGUGUCAAACCUUACUACGAAUGCCUUGUUGAAGUGGUGGAUGACGAUGCUCCAGGAGCAUUCAACAUGCCUCAACCCAUCAACAUAAAGAUCAAGCCUGAGUUGAUUUCAUUUGCCUUUGCCAUGCCAAGGUGUGUUGAGCAGCUUACAAGGAUGUUAGCAGAAGUUCAUGCUGAAGUGGAUAUGACGGUCACACACGUAGUAACAAUCUCACCGACACUGACUCCCGAGAUGAAAGGUAUUCGGAAGUUAGCAAAGUACUGGGAAGACAAGAGUCGCAGUUGUGUGGAAAAGUUUUUCACACAGUUUCAGGCAAUGGGAAUCCAUGUGACAAGCAACAUCUGGCAACGUGCCAAGGACAGAUUUGAAAAAGUGUCUGAAAAGGUGAGUAACGUUGCAUCAGAGGAGAAUGAUCUUUGGGUCCAAUGUGCUGAUGAAGAAGGAGGGGGAGUGGUUACUCUGAUUGGGACAGCAGAAGCCGUAUCCAGGGCAAAGCUCGUCUGCAAGACUGUCAUUGAAGAGACAGAGGAGCUACUGAAGUGGGAAGCCACCAUUGUGACUGAUAACAUCACCAACAUGAAAGCAGCCAAGCUGAAGGUUCUGGAACUCAACAAGUUUCAAGGAAAGCAUCGAGAUGUGGAGAUCAAGUUUGACGUAGACAACCAGAGUGUGGGCUUCAAGGGUCAGCGAGCUUUGGUACAAAAUGCCAAGAUUGACUUAUUUGAAACAACCAACAACUUAGCUGAAGAAAGGGUCUCCCUGUCACGAGGAAAACUGUGCUACUUGAAGUCAGACAAAGGAAGGAAGCAUCUAGAAGACAGUUUAAAGAAGAAUGACAUCAAAGCGGCCUUUGAUAUGGAGGAUGAAGAAAUGACUCUUUUAGCUCAUCAGGAUUCAGAGGUAAAUGUGGCAAAAUACUUGCUGCAGCAAGUUGUUUCAGAAUCUUCUGUGGCUGUUGCAGAGGAAAGUCGUGAUCUGCUGACUAAGCCAGAUUUUGCUUCACACUUGACAGACGUUCGACAAAGGCUGUCAGUUGACAUCCAUGUUGCAAAGGGCAAGGUGUGGGUGGUUGGACCUCCGGAGAAGGUUGCCACUGCAUCUAAUGACAUUGAAAGUUACAUCGCCCAAAACACUAUCAUUACUGUCAGUAUGGAGGUUGCUGAGGGAACAGCAACAUUCCUGGAUUGUUACCGCAAAGCAGCUGUCACAAAUGUUGAGAGAAAUCAUGCAGGACAACAGGUACAGAUCACAAUAGACCAGGGGAAGCUGUCUGUGAGGGGGAACAAGGAUGGCAUACAGAGUGCUAUGAAGCAACUGCAGUUUCUCAUAGACGAUGUUGCAACAGACACCAUGACCAUCACAAAGCCAGGAAUGCACAAGUUCUUCACAGAAGGAACGGGGAACUUACUCCUGAAGGUAAUACAGAUGGAAGUGAAAUGUGUGAUUGUGGUGGGGGAAAGCCAGGUGCACCUACCAGAGCUGCAGGAGGGACCAGAGAAGGUGCCACACCUGGGGUUCCAGAUGAGGCCCAGCAACACUUUAACCACUCCAGAGGGAAUCACUAUUCAGCUGAAGAAAGGGGACAUCACUGCUGAGGAGGCUGAUGUCCUUGUGAACACAACAGAUGGUGAUCUUGACCUUUUCCAGAGCGGUGUUUCAAAAGCCUUUGGACAGGCUGGAGGACAAAAACUACAACAGCUCUGUAACAACCAUCCCAAGGCCGAUGCAGGAGAUGUAGUAAUUACCCAACCUGCCGGGACCCUCAGGUGUAAAGAGGUGUACCAUGGUGUCCUACCCAACUGGCAAGAGUCUGACCAGCCCCUAAGAACGAUGGUGCACGACUUGCUGGAGCUAGCUCAUGAUGACCGUUACACCUCCAUAGCGUUUCCAGCAAUGGGCACAGGGAACCUGAUGUACCCUCAUGAUGUGGCUGCCAGUUGCAUGUAUGAUGAAAUCUGGUCCUUCAGCCAAUCCAACCCUGGAACAACUCUGAAGGAUGUAAGGAUCAUUGUGUUUGACCAGCCAACAGUCCAGGCUUUUGAAACAGAGCUGAGGGACAUACAGGGGGUGCAAGAAGCUUCAGAAUCUAAAACAGCCACAGGUUCAGGUCCAUACUCUGCAGUGCCCACCCCCAUGCCUGGUCAGCAGCAGAUGACCAUUGGCAGUGUGACUGUCCAGAUUCAGGGAGGUGACCUCACCACUGAGAAUGUGGACUGUAUCGUCAACGUUACCAGCAAAGAUUUGGGUUUACGUGGUCAAAUGUCUCAGGCUAUCUGUCAGAAGGCUGGACCCAACAUAGCAGCAGAGUGUCAACAGUACAUCAUACAGAACGGGCAGCAGGACCAUGGGGAUGUAGUUUUGACAGGCGCCGGUAUGCUGCCGUGCAAAGGAAUUCUCCACCUGAUACACCCUAAUACACAGGUCCUCAAGGAAAGCAUCAAGACCUGUCUGCAGGUGGCUGAGACAAAAGGCUUCAAAUCGAUCGCUUUCCCUGCAGUUGGAACAGGUGGUUUUCAGAUCAGCCCUGACCAGGCAGCCAGUCUCAUGAUGGACGGGGUUGCAGACUUUGCCCAGCAGGGAGUGCCCACCUCCCUCACCACAGUCAGGAUCAUGGUGUUCCAGCAGCAGAUGCUGCACAACUUCCACUCAGAGAUGGACAGGAGGGCUCAAGACUUGCCACGCAAAGCCAAGAGGUUUACUGCAAUCAAAAGCAGGUUCAAAAUCACUCAUUCCCUUGGGAAAAAGCGUCUUGUGGCAAAGAUCCUUGGAUUAACCUUAAUCGACGGGGAGCACAGUGUGGCUGGCUCAGUAUCAAUGCCAAAGCCUCCUCUCCUUGUCCAGUUCUUUGGCAGAGAAGAAGUUGUCGACUUGGCCAAAAGCAGAGUCCAAGAAACCGUGGACACAAACCUUAAGGAAGAGAAGAUUGAAGAUUCUGCAGUUCAGCAGCUGUCAGAUGAUGAAGUGGGAAUGCUGAAGAUGUACGGACAUCAGAAGAUGUGGCAAUCUAAAGUUGAAAAAAGUGGCUGUCACUGCAUCACUAUACAAGGCAUCACAAACAUGUACACAGUUGUAAGCAAAGUCUGGAAAGUCCUGCAUGACAAGAAAGAGGAGGCCAGAAAAAUGGAGCAGGCUUUGUCUCUACAGAAGGACAUCUCAUGGUGUUAUGAGCAGCCAAAUGGUGCAUAUGUCCCCUUUGACCCCCUCAUUAACUUCCAAAUAGAGAAAGCCUACAAGAAGAACAGGAAAGGGAGGGUUGAGUAUGAGGAUGAUGUAGGUCAGUGUGAGAUCGACUUCAGCACCAUGAAGGAAAAGGCAUCCGGACAGACGUCAAAAGUCUGCAGGGAUGAAUUGAAAAUAGGUCUAACAGUGACCAGUGCAGUUCCUGAUCACUGGGAUCCUCAGCCAAUAGACCCAUAUUCCAGGAAACCCAAGCUGUGCCACAACGUGAAGUUAUAUCCAUCCUCUGAUGAGUACAAGACUGUGAGCAGCAAGUUCGGGCUGCUGGGAAACAUUGUGAGCAUUAGAAGAGUGCAGAACCCAACACUGUGGAGCCAGUACUGCACACAGAAACAGAAAAUCAGCCUGAAGAACCCUAGAAUAAAUAUAGAGCAGGAACUGUGGCAUGGGUCUUCAAAAGAUUCCUGUGGCAAGAUUACCUACAACGGUUUCAACAGGAGCUAUGCAGGACGCCAUGGUACACUUAUUGGCAAAGGGACCUACUUUGCUGUGAACGCAUCCUACUCAGCAAAAGGCUAUGCCAAACCUGAUCCCAGCGGCAACAAGAGCAUGUUCUUGGCCAAGGUGCUGACUGGACUGUCCACACCUGGGGACCAUACUAUGGUUGUCCCCCCACUCAGACCAGGGGGAGGCCCACUGGACACCUAUGACUCCACCAGUAGAGUUACCAGUGAUGGUACCAUAUUUUGUGUGUUUCAUGAUGCACAGGCAUAUCCAGAGUACCUGAUCACAUUCAUUUGAGUGUGGGUCUGCAUGGAGGGAUGCCGGCAAUGUUCAAUGGUAAUUUAGGAUGAGUAAUAAAAGGGUGGCGUCUGUGUGGUGUAGCGGAUAGAGCAUCGGACUGUCCAGCGGGGAGACCCAGGUUCAAUCCCCAGGGUUAGACCCAGACAUGUCUGGACUUGCACCCAGACGUUGUGCCCUUGGGAAAGGCACUAUACAUAUUUCCUCCCUCAGUUAGAGGGAUCCUGAGCUCUACUGAGGUUUGGGUUGGCUGGUUGGCAUUAGGAAGGGCAUCCAGCCGUUAAAAUCUUGCUUAAAAAAAAAGACUUGCACUUGGUGAAAUUGGGUAAUAGAUAAUAGAAAAUAAUAUAUUAAAACUUAACAAUAAAUUCAGAUAGGCCUACAAUGCCUAACAGUAAAUUAACUUGUCUUGUAGAAGACUUUUUGGAAGUGACAUUUUGUAUUCAUGAGGUGUCCAACAAAAUUAUUCAGCCAUUAUGAUUUAUGGGUAUGUAAUUGCAUCCAACUAUACAAUACAAAGUGUAUACGAAGUAUAACACAGUGAAUAUUUCAAUGACAAUUAACAAUGAAUUCAAUAUUAGUAAUAACAUGCUACAUGGGACAAAAACGUCCAAUUAUGCUACACAAAGAAUUUCCUGACAUCUAUGAACAUUUAAUUAAAGCACCCGGCUACAAUGGACGUUUCCUAAAAUCUCGCUUAUUACAGCCAAAACAUAUAAUUAUGCAAAUGUUUGAACAACAUGCAGCCGCUCUCUCAUUGGUUGACCAGCUAAUUGUCAUUUUGUCAUUGGUUGAAUUGAUAACUGUGAUGGACAGUCAAGAAAGGUGAAUUAAAUGGUUUGGUAUGCCUUACGGUAAAAGGUAUGCAAACCCUUUUGUGUUGCCAAGAUGAAACUAAUGAUGAUAAUGAUUUAAUGGCCGUAAUAGUAUAAUCAUAAUUUUAAAUCAUAUCCCAGAAAAUGAAGCCAAAGAAACUUCAUACUAGUAGUAGAAAAGGCAAGACCGUGAGCUAAUGAGCUGUGACCAAAUUUGUUGUAUAUAUAUUUGUACAUAUUGAAUAUAUGUAUAUCAAUUUGAAGAGAUUGAAUACUAUGAAAGUGCUCUUAUAACCUAUAAUCUUUUACUGGGUAUGUGGUACAAAUCUUUUCAUCAAGACAUUUUAAAGAUGGAGAAAUUACGAGAGAAUAAUACUAAUGACUGAUAAGACAAUCUUCAAUUUAUGUAAGAUUACAUAAUCAGAUAUCUAUGAUAGAUCAAACGUUUGUUUUGAGAUUUGUGUGUAAACAGAUUCAUUGCGAAGGACUUGUGUUUAUAAAAGGCAUAAAAUGUAACAAUGUUUUUCACCCUAACGGAUGACUAGCAAAUGUAACAACUGCAGCAAAUUUGACCUACUGCCUUUUUUUCAUCAAACAUGGUAAGAAGAAGAUCCCUGGAUGUUUGUUAUUUUUCAACAUCGUGCUAUCAAGCUAUCAAUGCUUGAUUAGUAGCCUGACUAUCAUGAUAGAUUUCAACCAACAAAAGUUCUGGCUAACUAGUGAUUUAAGUCAAUAAAGCUCUGGAUUAACUAGUGCUCUAAGUCAAUAAAGUUCUGUGUUAACUGGUGAAUUAAGUCAAUAAAGUUCUGGAUUAACUGGUGCUUUAAGUCAAUAAAGUUCUGUGUUAACUGGUGAUUUAAGUCA